AUGGGUUGCCUAAGUCAUCGCAGCAAGGAGACACGGCAAUAUACCGACCAGAAAUGGGAUUACAUUAACCUCUCCGACUUCAAGGCCAAGGGCUGCGGUGCCGUCUUCGCAUACAUCACCCUCUGGAUGGGCCUCAUCAUCUCCCUCACUGUCUACGGAGUCGAUACUUUUACUGCCGUCCAAUUGCUUGUCUUCAACCGAUGGUCAUCCGAGAUCGAGCCCGCCAUUCCCUUUUCCGUUUCGAAAUGGAUCUUUUCUGUUUGCAUCAUCUUGUCCUUUGUCAACCUCGGAUUUGAAUGGAUUCGUGCAGCUCGAAAGAUUAAACGAGGAAAUGUUGCCGAGGUCUAUCUCGACAGUCUGGCUGUCCGCUGGGAGUCAAUCCGUCUGGGGUCUGGCCAAGGUUUCAAGCGAUUCCUUGUCUUUACCGAGCUCACCAAGAGUAAAAAGGGCGCCGAAUAUAUUGCCCUGUUUACUUACUUUAGCUUUCAAUCCUGGAUCCGAGUUCUGUUCUGUACCAGUCCGCGACAGGUAGUCAAUGCCUUGACUCUCAGAUCUGUCUAUCUUGCCAAGCUCGCUGUCAGCUCAAACUCGGUCGGGGGCUCUAUUUCAGAAUUCUUUGACAAGAUCAAGACACUUGCGCAACAGGACUUUCGCCAGGCUGCCAUUCUCGGAGGCAUGUGCUUCACACUGGUUGUCUGGGUCUUUUCAGCUUUGUACUUGCUUUCCGCCGUCCUCUUCUACAUCUGCUUCCUCUUUCACUGGAUUCCCCGCGCCGACGGCGGCCUGACAGGAUACUGUGAGCGAAAAGUCAACAGCGCUCUGCUCAAGAUUGUGACCAAGACGGUCAACAAGGCGCUCGCCAAGGGGCAGGCAGACAGGAUGAAAAGAGCCAUGACCGAGAAAGGCGAGGCUCACCCAGACACGUCGCUUCCUACUCUACCAAAUGUCGGCAUCUUCGCGCCACAGCAGCAAACUGGCGUCACUGCACCUUUGCCCGCGUACACGUCGAAUCCAGGGACCCCGGUCGGAGACUUUAAGCGGCAGAUGCCCCCACGGAGCAUGACGGGAGCCUCAACCAUGAGCUAUUCUUCUCGGGCUCCACUGAGGACUGGGACGGGAGACUCUAUGAGAAGCACAGACAUGAACCAUAUGCGUUCAGGCUCGAAUUCCUCGUAUGGCCAGCCGCGUUCUCAAAGCCCCCCAAGCAAUGGUCCUCGGUUGGAUAUGAGCCACAUGCGGACUGGCUCAAACUCAUAUCGACAGCCAUUCUCUGAAAGCCCCGCGAGCAUGGGUCCGGCGGCUACAUCGUCAGUGUACGCGCCGUCGACAAGGUCCGUUCCGUCGCGUAUCACCGACCAAUAUGGCAAUCGUCAGCAUAUGCAAGACGAUGCUCAAUCUUUCCGAGGUCCGCCACCCAGGUCGUAUACCUUCAACAAUGAAGGUCGAUCCAGCCCAGCACCAUCCGCGGCAGGAUCAUCUUACUCAAGAGCCCCUCAGCAACCCAGGCAGAUGACUGAGCCAAUGCAGCCGCUUCGUCAAAAUUCUCAGGAUUUUUACAAUCCGCAAUCUCAAGCUCAGACUCAAGCUCAAUCUGGAUCAACAUAUGGGUCAGCAUAUGGAUCAGCAUACGGAUCAGCAUAUGCAUACGAUGUUGAGGCGCAGAACAAUCGUAGAUAUUAG